UGAACAAAGUGCAAACGGGAAGGCAAACACGCACUUCCAUGAUUUUGGAGAGCCAGCAGUGUUUUUGUGUAGCGAUGGGUCCCCCCGUGCUUGCCCUCACGCAGGUGGGCACACACUUGAUGGAAAGACUUGGUGCCUCAGGCUUUGCCUCCCUUCGUCCCGGAUCUUGGUGAAGCUGCGGGGGCGCAGAGGGACCCAAGGCCAGUGGGAUGUGAGGAUGUCAGCCACUUUUUAUUGAUGAAGAACCACUUGUUAUCACCAAUGUGCACAUGAAAUGGAAAGGGAACAGAUUCCAGGAAACAACUUCUGUUACCACCUUGCAAGAUGCUGCCUGAAGUGUGUAAAGAAGUUUAAGUGACUGCUCUGCUUGAUCAAAAUGGUGGACACUGAAAACCAGCUCUAUCCCCUUACUCCCUUGGAGGAGGAGGAGAUAGACAGCCCUUUAUCUGGAGAGUUCCUACAAGAUAUGGAGAACAUUCAAGACCUCUCCCAGUCUCUAGGUGAUGAUAGUUCUGGUGCUUUAAGCUUAACAGAGUUCCAGUCACUGGGAAAUGGCCCAGGAUCUGAUGGCUCAGUCAUAACAGACACCCUUUCACCAGCAUCCAGUCCUUCAUCCAUUAAUUUUGCCACAGCUCCAGGUAGCAUAGAUGAAUCAUCCAGUGGAGCAUUAAACAUCGAAUGUAGAAUAUGUGGGGAUAAAGCCUCAGGCUACCAUUACGGAGUACAUGCUUGUGAAGGCUGUAAGGGCUUUUUUAGAAGAACAAUUCGUUUAAAACUCAUCUAUGAUAAAUGUGAUCGCAACUGCAAAAUUCAGAAAAAAAAUCGUAAUAAGUGCCAGUACUGUCGUUUUCAAAAGUGCCUUUCAGUUGGAAUGUCACAUAAUGCAAUACGUUUUGGAAGAAUGCCAAGGUCUGAGAAGGCCAAACUGAAAGCAGAAAUUCUAACAGGUGAAAAUUAUGUAGAAGAUUCAGAGAUGGCAGAUCUUAAAUCACUUGCCAAAAGAAUUCAUGAUGCUUACCUGAAAAACUUCAAUAUGAACAAGGUUAAAGCCAGAAUCAUCCUUGCAGGGAAAACCAAUAACAAUCCGCCAUUUGUUAUCCAUGAUAUGGAUACCUUAUGUAUGGCAGAGAAGACCCUGGUGGCAAAAUUGGUAGCAAAUGGGAUUCAGAACAAGGAAGCAGAAGUUCGAAUAUUCCACUGCUGCCAGUGCACGUCUGUAGAGACCGUCACAGAACUUACUGAGUUUGCCAAAUCCAUCCCUGGCUUCUCCAACCUUGACUUGAACGAUCAAGUGACACUAUUAAAAUACGGAGUUUAUGAAGCCAUAUUUGCCAUGUUGGCCUCUGUGAUGAACAAGGACGGGAUGCUGGUAGCCUAUGGGAAUGGUUUUAUAACCCGGGAGUUCCUGAAAAGCCUGAGAAAGCCAUUCUGUGAUAUAAUGGAGCCAAAAUUUGAUUUUGCAAUGAAAUUCAAUGCACUGGAUUUGGAUGAUAGUGAUAUAUCCCUUUUUGUUGCUGCAAUCAUUUGCUGUGGAGAUCGUCCUGGUCUUGUAAAUGUAGGACACAUUGAAAAAAUGCAGGAGAGCAUUGUGCACGUACUGAAACUUCACUUGCAAACCAACCAUCCUGACGACACCUUCCUCUUCCCAAAACUUCUCCAAAAAAUGGCUGACCUCCGACAGCUUGUCACAGAGCAUGCUCAGCUCGUUCAGAUAAUCAAGAAGACCGAAUCUGAUGCACAUUUACACCCUUUACUACAGGAAAUCUACAGGGAUAUGUAUUAAGGAUUUUUAGUAUUUUUUCCACAAUAUUUAAGGACACAGAAAUACAUAUGGGAGCAAAACUACUUGCACAGUUACGUGCUGUUCACUCAACCCAGAGCAGGAAAAGUCUAAGACUGGGGAACUGGAGUGUUACACUUCUUUUGGUUUGGGAUCUUUUGCCUUCUUUUGAAAGAGUUCUGCAAAAAAAUUCUGGUCAUAGUGCUCAUUGAAGUGUCUUACAAUGGUUCUUUUAUUUUGAAAUUUGAAGAUUGGUAAGGAAUACAUAUUUGUGGAAUAAAUCAGAAUAUUAAGUAACAGAAAUGAACAAAAUUUUAUUUCCUCUUGGCUUAGUCAUUCUAGAAUUAAUAUAACAAAUUCAGCAAUUUCCCUCCAGGUGUAUGCACAAUCAGAAAGGUGAUGCACUUUUGCCUAAUGGUAAUUACUAAAACCAGCUAACACUUUUUCCUAGUCCAGGUGUAGCAAAUUGCUGAAUAUUACUGUCCAUACACUUCUAAAAGAUUGGAAAGACCUUUGACCCUCUGCUGUUUUAAUUCCAUUACGUGAUGUGCAGCUUCGUAUAGUAUUACACCGGCAUACCUUAGGAUUAGCAUGUUUAAAAGAUGGUUCUUUUAUGAAAUGAAACAAAAUCCAAAUAGUUAUCUAAAAUACUGCAGAGCAGCUCCAACAGGUGUUUCUUGAAGAGUAAAUGUGAUAAAGUGAUGGAAUAAUUUUUUUUUUGGAAGUGUUUUAAGGAAAUGUGGAAAUGUUCCUGAGGUAAAAUGUCAUAUGCCCUAUAUAUUUUGGAGAACUUGUUAUAGCUCAAGGUGCAGUUUUGAAUUAGAAAUACUGUUUUGAAUUAGCAAGAGUUUUGGAGAGAUCAAAAAAUCUGAUCCCAGCCCAGAAAAAAAAAAAGAAUUUCACCUUCAUAGCAUUCUGCUGCAGUGAUAGCUGACUCUGAAGGAAUGAUUAGAUAGGAAAAGCACCUUCUCCCUUGACAAAAUGUAUUAUAGUUGUUUGGACCUGUUUACUUUUCUGAAAAAUACACCGCUUCAUUUUUUCCAGUUAUCCACCUGGAUAUAUUACCUUCUUAGGCCUUGUUGAUAGAAGUGUUUGCUAUGUUGUUUUGUCCUCAGGGAUAAGGUGACAAUAUUACCAAGAACAGUGAUUGUAGGUGUUGGACUGUGUAAUAAUAGGAAAGACAGCACAGAUGAGAGUCUAUCGUGUUCCUAAGAUAAACUCUGAUUUUUACAAUGGUACCUUAGUCCUGAUGCAAAAUAAGCCAUAAGGAAACGGCCUCACUUCUUUAAGGGCUCUGUCCUCAAACGGUACUGCCCAGAAGUGACAGCUGCAUGCAAGGCACUGCUGUUUCUGUUUCGUUUUGUUUCUUUGAUGUGGUAACUUCACAUUAUUAAUAACUAAUUUGACUUUCUGUUUCAUAGCACCACGGUCUCAGGAGUCAAUCUGAGCAUUUUCACUACAGUUAAGCUUUCAGUGGCACAGGAGGACACUUUGUAUUUGUUUAAUUUUAGCACAUUUGGAGACACCGGAGUCCUCACUGCAAGAACUGAGUGAGACUGAUGAAGUGAGGACAUCACACUGUGAUCCUUAUUUCAGUGGCAGCGCUGCCAGUGUUUCUGUCCAGGCCUAUGGACACUGGAUAAACUACAGGUUUAAAGGCAACUUGGGGUUUAUCUGGGGGAGGGUCGUGAGCAGAGGCUUUAGUGUCAGGUAUAUUUAGUGUAAAAUACUGACGCAUAGGCCUUAAAUUUUGUGACCAUCUAGGGCAGGAUAGAAACAGUAAAUGCAGGUGCACAAAACUUCCUCUGCUUUGCUGUUGCCAACCGGUGAACAGACCUCAAACACUUCCAUCAAGAGGACUGCUGGCCUUGCCAGGAACCUGCGGGUGAGAAAAGGGCUGACUUUAGUGUCUCGGAGCAGCAGGCAGAGUGCCCUCAGACACACAGGGUUUCAGCUAAGCUGCUGCUUCAUCCUCCCAAUCAGCCCUAUUGCACUGAGGAGCUGUGGGGUUUAGGCCUACAACAUCCAGCACGGAAAUAAUUGAUAUGCAAUAGUGCUAAUGCAAAAAAUUGUCAAAAUAUCAACCAUUCUGGGCUGGCAUACUGAAACUUGAGCAGCCAGCUGUUAAAAGUUUAUCUUCAAAAAAAAUAAUAAAAUAAAAAAGGUAACUUGAAAUUUUUUUCCCACAAAGCUCAGAUUUUUGCAAAGGGCAAACUUCAAAGUUGUGUUCCGUAGUCUGGGUGUACUGAAGGUCCUCAGGAAAACCAGACACAGUCAGUGUGGCCAAUAACCAUUCUUUCUUCUCCUGUUCUCAAAAGUGGCUAAAACACUUUAGUGAAACACUUGAAAAACACAGAAAAUUUAAUAAUUUAAAUGUUUAAUAAUACUAAAACUCAAUAAGAAUACUUAAAUUCUCAGCAGAGCUGUAAAGAAUUGAAAACAGUGUAAGACAUAACAUUUAGCUGUCUUAGCAGCUGCUUGUUACAGGGUCCUAUAAUCAGCAUUAGAAAAGCGAAAUUUUUUUUGUUGUCUGAAAACCAGCAAGCAAUGUUUGACUAGUUCCUUGGACACUAAAGUUUUAUUUCUGUUUUAAAUUAAAUUGCAGACCUUUAAUGAGAAAAAAAAAAAAAAAAAAAGAACACAUCUCUGAAUUACAGAAAUAUGAACAAGAUGUUAACACAGGGUGGGUUCCAGUGCCCACACUGCUGCCCUGUGCACAUUCCCACAGUCACUUGAAAGAGUGACACAGGGCUGACAGUUUCCUUCCUGAGCAUUAAUGGGCAAAAGAAGUUCUUCAUUUCUACAUUACGCUUUCCAGGAGUUGCAUUUGCUCCUUCAGGAGGUGUCUGCAGCAGGCUUUGGCCGAGCAGAUUUUAACAUUUUAACUCAAUUUGUGUCCUUUAGUGAAGUUUGGAAUCUGAACUGGUCUAUUUCUGAUCUAUUACUUCAGCAUCUGCCCUGUACACAGAUCAUCUAGUAUUUUAAAAUACCCCUUCUAUGGAGGGAAAUAAAGUGAUCACAUUUUAGGAUUUAAAAUGUAUUAAAAGGUACAGUUUGCAUCAGAUUUUUACCAGCAUAAUUUGUUUUACUGUCAUAGCACAGAAGAACUCAGGUUAGCAACCAGGCACCACAAACAGCUUAAGCCAAGAGAGAGCAGAUGGAUAGGGAAAUACCCUGGAAAACAAUGGUAUGACAUAAGUUUUCAGCAAACUUAUAGCUUUUUUUUUCCCCCCAUUUUUGAGGGUUGUUUGGAGGUUAUUUAUUUAUUUAUUGGGGUGCCCUAGGUACUUUGACAGAGGGGAAGGAA